AUGUCUGACAAACCAAAAAAGAAGUUUUCCAAGAAGCAACUCCGUGCCGGAAAUGGAUUCAUUCACCAGAUGGCUGCCACCAAUAAGUUUGCCAGUCAGAGCGGAAUGUCGCCAUUCGGAGCAGUAAGACAUGGUCGUGAUAUUGCAGCAGACGACUCCGAUUCAAGAGGUCAAGGAGUACUCACAAAGGUCGCCGCUACCCACAUUUAUGCCUCACAGAAGGGAAUGUCCGCCUUUGGAUCUGUGCGUCACGGUAAAGACAUCGUUGCUGAUGAAUCAGACCAGAGAGGACAAGGAGUCCUAACAAAAGUUGCUGAAACCAACAUUUUCGCUUCACAGAAGGGUAUGACACCAUUUGGCGCUGUUAGACAUGGUAAAGAUAUCGUUGCUGACGAGUCCGAUUUGAGGGGCCAGGGAGUACUAACAAAGGUUGCAGAAACAAAUAUAUUUGCAUCACAGAAAGGAAUGACACCAUUUGGAUCAGUAAGACAUGGCAAAGACAUUAAAGCUGAUGAAAUGGACGCACGAAGUCAGGGUGUAUUGACCAAAGUUGCCGAAACCAAUAUAUUUGCUUCUCAGAAAGGACAGACCGCCUUUGGGUCAGUUAGACACGGUGGUGAUAUCAAGGUUAGAGAACUCUGGGACGAGGAUGAUGGAGAUUACCCAACUGACGAGGAAGACGAAGUUAAAGUGUCAGAAAGUCAGAAACGCCGUGAAGCUAGAGCAGCUGAAAAUGCCAAAGAGAAUGUCCCUGAACCAAAGGCACCGGAGCCAGAACCAGAGCCCGAACCAGAACCAGAACCGGAACCAGUAGCCGAACCAGAACCCGAACCACAAGCUGAUGAUGAUGAAGGCGGUUUUGCGUGGUAG